UAUGUCUCGCGGUUUCCUUGAAGUUUCAAGGGGUAUCCCUGAAGCAUUCGAACAUAUCAGAUAUAAGGCCCCGGAAAGAAUAAUAAACUCGUCUUAUAAAUAUGACUCUAGUUUCGGUAUGUUGCUUUGGGAGAUUGCUGAAGAAAAAUUGCCAUUUUUUAAUGUCGAAAAUACCGAAAUAAAGAAAAAAAUAUUGGAAAAUCCGAUUUUACUUUCAUUUGAAAGGGGCGUUCCUGAAAAAUGGAAGAAGCUUGUUUUUAAAGCUAUCGAUCAUGAUCCGAGUAAACGUCCCGAUUUCAAAAAAAUGCUCAUGAAACUUAGGAACCUAACCCAAGAGAAAAAAGCUGCCAAGGACUCAAAAACCACUUCAGUAUCCGCCGUUCAAAAAUUAUACAUCAGAAAUGUAAUGUCCUUGGAGAUUGCGAUCGAACAACAUAACCGAAAGGGUGGUAAAAAAUACGAGGCUUGGAAAUCAUUCGAAUUUUAUGCUAAAUUAGGUGACACAACGGCAAAAUUCUACAAGGCGUACUAUCUCUUAAACGGUCUCCUCCCUUUUCCUUAUACGACAAAGGAUCGACUUGAACAGGCUAUAAAAUUGCUUGAAGAAGUUGUUAAAGAAGGAAAUGUGACGGAUGCUCAAUUAACAUAUGCAAAUUGUUUGUUAAGUGGCUAUGGUGUAGAAAAAAAUGCUGAAUUGGCACACAAGUAUUUUUGCGAAGCGGCUGAUAAAGGCGAGGCCGUAGCAAUGUAUAAUGUCGGAAUAAUGUAUUAUAAAGGCAUCAGUGUUAAAAGGGAUGUAGCCGAAGGCAUAUAUUGGAUCAAACGUGCUGCCUAUGGUGGUAUUCCUGCUGCGGUCCAAUUUUGUAAAAAGAAUAAUAUCUAUUUUCGUGAACCUAAUCAUUCCCAAUAUUAA